GCAGUGACCACAAAUACUUAAUUAUUUUUAUUUCUUUUGGACAACUAAAUAAAUACAAACUGAUAAUCAGAAAAAGGCAAAGUUAAAAAGACGACAAGAUCAAUAGAUGAACAUGGCUGAACCAAAGAACAUGUCUACGGACGAGAGAUGGAGUCUUCAGGGAAAAACAGCUCUGGUCACCGGUGGAUCUCGUGGCAUAGGGCAUGCCAUAGUGGAAGAACUAGCAAGAUUUGGAGCCAUAGUUCACACCUGUUGUCGCAAAGAAAGUGAGAUGGAGCAGUGUUUGGAAGAGUGGAAAAAGAAGGGUUUCAAAGUAACUGGUUCAGUGUGUGAUGUCUUAUACAGAGACCAAAGAGAGAAACUUAUGGAAACUGUGUCUUCUAUUUUCCAAGGAAAGCUCAACAUUCUUGUAAAUAAUGCUGGGAGAGUAAUAGCAAAGAAUUCCACAGAAUUAUCUGCUGAAGAUUUUUCGAUUCAAAUGGGAACCAAUUUUGAGUCUGCUUUUCAUUUGUCACAACUAAGUUAUCCUCUUUUUAAAGCUUCCGGAAAUGGAAGCAUUGUCUUCAUUUCUUCUAUUGGCGCAACUAUGGCUUUUUCAGCUUGUACUCUCCAUGCUGCAACCAAAGGAGCAAUGAACCAAAUAACAAAGAAUUUAGCAUGUGAAUGGGCAAAGGACAACAUUCGUGCAAACGCAGUUGCUCCAGGGCUUACUAGAACCACCAUGUUGGAGAAUUACUCGGAUAAUUUAGAGAAAGGAGCUUCGGGUCAAUAUAUUGACCGAACACCCAUCAGACGACUAGGGGAGCCUAAUGAAAUUUCAUCAAUGGUAGCUUUUCUUUGUCUACCUGCUGCUUCAUUUGUUACAGGUCAAGUUAUAACUGUUGAUGGUGGAUUUACUGUGAAUGGUUUCCCCAUCUCUAGCUCACCUGGCCAGUAAAUUAUAUAUAUAAAUCUAUAUACUAAAUAAAUGUUAUGUUAUGUUUUGACAAUAAUCUUUAUAAAUAUUAUGUCAUACACGUAUAUUUUAUUUUAUUUUAUUUA